AUGAGCAUCGAAUCAAAUCUAGAAACUCGUCAGCUACACAACGAUCCUAUGAGCGUCAAAACUGGAGAUAUAAGAUUAGAGAAGCCUCAGAAGAAGAUCUCAUUUAUGGAGAAUGUAAAUGAGACGCCAAAAGACGUGAGAGAGGAGUUGAUCAAAUCGGCAGAACCAGAAAGCACAACCUCGUCGCGGAGUUUCUCGGUUUUUGGCAUGAAUUUCAGACGAGAGACAAGCAUUACGAUUGACGGGGAAACGAAGAAACAAUCAAAAAAGAGACGCGCCACUACGAUAUCCACACUUUUCAUGCCACUCGACACACACCGAAUAUUCGCCGCCAAGAUGAAGAUCAAUAAG